CAAAUAUUUAAAAUAGAAUGCAAGUGAUGUGUUAAUUGAUAUUCAUAAUGACACAAGCUUCCAAAUACUAAACAGUUUAUAUGAAUGAAGUAAUAUUAGAAGGUUGUUUUAUUAUUAUUAUUAUUGUUUAAUAAAUAUUUUUUUUAGGUAAGAGGAGGAGAUAGAUAGAAUAGAAGAAAGAAGCAACUGUAAAGCCCGGGAACCCAAAACAGAAAUCAACCUCAUGAGGCAGACAAAAUACAGAGAGAAAAAAUUCCAUAAACUUUGAGAUCCGAGCAGAGUGGAGCAACUCAACUCAACUCAACCAAACGAAAACAACAACAAACUCAACCCAAAGUUUCAAUCUUUUCCAAUCAAAACCAGAGUUAAAAGCAAAAACCAAACCACCGCCGUUUCCGACAAUCCAAAAAGUUGAGGUAAAACCAAAAAAAAUAUAUUGUGAAAGGUCACAUUCAGCUACAUUUGCAAAUACAUGCUUUCACAAACAAGGACACUCCCCCACACACAAAAACACAAUAUCAUACAAAAAACACUUUCGGGGAUAGAAAAAGAAGAAACCCCAAUAUCUACUAUUGUCUAUCUUCAUUUCGAGCACAAAACAAAAUCUGUCUUUUGUAGGAAAAUCUCCUGAGAGGCCCAUUUGGCGAUAGUGAAGUGGUUUUUAUUUUUAUUUAUAUAUUUUUUGGUCUGGUGGGAAGGGAAGGGGGAAAAAUGGCUGUUGAAACUGAGAAAUCUGGGUCUGAUGGGAAAGUUUGGAGCUUUUGUAGAAUGCCGUUUUGGCAAGGGAGAAAUGGGUCUUCGUCCUCGUCUUCUUCGUUAUCUUCAAUGCAUAAUAUUCAUGCCCAUCAUCAUCAGCAGCAGAAUCAGAGCCACCAUCAAUCUGUGGAGCGUAUGAGCCUUCAAUCUCCUACUACGGUGUCGUCUGUGGCUAAGUCCUUCCUUCCAACCAGGAGGAGGCUCCGUCUUGAUCCUCCUAGCAAGCUUUUCUUUCCAUAUGAACCUGGUAAGCAGGUUAGGAGUGCCAUUGGGAUAAAAAACACAUGCAAGUCUUAUGUAGCUUUCAAGUUCCAAACAACAGCACCGAAGAGCUGUUAUAUGCGACCUCCUGGGGGCAUACUUGCGCCAGGUGAAAGUCUUAUAGCAACAGUAUUCAAGUUUGUGGAACCUCCGGAGAACCAUGAAAAACCAAUAGAUCAGAAGAGCAGGGUCAAGUUCAAGAUCAUGAGUCUAAAAGUGAAAGGAGAAAUGGACUACGUUCCAGAACUGUUUGAUGAACAAAAGGACCAAGUGGCUGUUGAGCAAAUUCUGCGAGUUAUUUUCCUUGACCCUGAACGACCAAGCCCGGCUCUAGAGAAACUUAAGCGACAAUUAGCUGAGGCUGAGGCUGCACUUGAAGCUCGUAAAAAGCCUCCAGAAGACACAGGCCCCAGAAUUGUUGGGGAAGGACUUGUCAUCGAUGAAUGGAAAGAGCGAAGGGAAAGAUACCUGGCGCGACAACAAGUUGAAGGGGUCGAUUCAGUGUGAAGCGAUUCUUUCUCUCUUUUUCAGAGCACUCCCUUUGCGUCGAUGGAGGUUUCAAUCUGUAAUAUCGGAAUUUACAUUCUUUUUCCUGUUGCUCUUCAAGGAAAGGUUGCUGCAACAUCCAAGUGAGCGCCGUCGAAAAGGUAAAAGUGGAAGCAUGUGUAAUGUCUUGUUGUGGAUAAUGUGAGGGGAUAUUUUUAUGAUUGAUGAAGGCUCUUGAUUCAUGACUCAUACCUUGUAAUCUUGUAGAUAGCAGGAACUGAUUCCAAAAUGACAAUGUUUAUUAUUAUUGUGUGAUAGCAAAGUUAUAUAAAAACCAGCUGAUGUUUGUUUUUUGGUUUUUCA